AUGACCAGAAAAGAUGCGCCGUCUCGUCUGAGCUCUGCCACUAGCUCAAGCACCGAUAGCUGGAAGUCCACCGAUACCGUCACGCCCAGCUCGCUCUUCCGCGCCCCUUCGCGACGUGGAGCCCAGAUGCAGGUUCGGACGGAUGCGAAAAGCAGGUCAACCAUCGAAAACGACCAUCAAGUCUCGCCGACUUCUCCAGCUCCGCGCUCUGCUCUUUCUCUCUCCUCCAGCUCAUCCAAUGUCUCCCCGCGGGAGCAUAGGAUGACCGACUUCGGCAACUACAGACGCGACCUCGCAGUGCUAGAGACAUCGAACUCUCGCAUUCCCCAGAUCCAGCACAACCCGCCGACCGCGCUGCCCUCGCCAGGCCAGGUCGCGCCGUGGAUGGCCUCCAACGGGUCGAAUGGCCCACCCUCGGCCGGUUUUGGGACCAGCUUCUACAACGAUUCGAGCGACAAUGUCUCGACAGGUUCGCAGUUAUCCCCCGCCUUUCGCCCCGGGACGGGCCUGACGGGCGGUACAACUACGAGCGAGUCGCCCGCCGAUGCUGAUUUUGGAGACGAGCGCCGCCCAUCCGUAGCCAGCGUGACGACCGCGAGCAGUACCGGGUCGAAGUCCAGCAUCAGUCGAACGGGGAUCCAUAAGAAACUGCAACAUUUCUUUGGGGAUGACUAUGCUAGGGCAGAUGAAUCUGACACGAGCUUGCCGUCCCGUGGAAGGGAAGCCAGGUCACAUUCGUUUACUCGAAGCUAUCGAGAUCGCAAUCUGUCAUCGGCAACCAGCGCAACUCAAAGAGACGCUUCCCCGGCGGGCUCUCGUCCUAGGACACCGGUUCCAUCAAGUGAUGUGGUUCCCUUCUUAUACCAAGAUUCGCAGGACAUUGGCUUGUACGGAGAAGCGCCUGUAAGAACCAAACUUUCGGGCCCCGACCGAGAUCGAUAUGCCACCGAGAAUUCCUCAGUUCCUCCCAAGACCUCCUCCUCCAAUCGUUCGAACCAGUCCCACUUCCAUCGACACAAUAAGAGCAACGAAGAUUCAAGAUCUCUAAGGCCGACCGUUAGCAGGGAGGACUCUGGGUUCAAUACGUGGAACAAAGACCGAGGACAGAAUUCUAUAGGAAGUGCCAUGGGCAAUUCCUCCAAUUCGAGCUUAGCCAGAAGACCGUCCAGCCCAGCACCGAGCGGUGGAAGUUCGUGGAGUCAAGCAACGGCUAGAACCCCAAUGAAUGAUGGGUCAACAUCGCCAACAGGAGGACAUACGAAGCGUGGUAUAUUAGGGCGGUUUCGAAAGCAUAACAAGGAUAAAGAUGGAGGAUCGUCUCGAUCAAAGGAGCCCCCAGGGCAGCGAUCGCCAGAUUUUGGCAUAUGGAGUCGUGAUGGGAGCGUGGCGGGCUCAAAUAUUAGCCUCCCGAAGACGGACAAUGGCCAAUUUGCUCGACCAUCCGCCAAUACCCAGCGACAGAGACCGUUCAAAAAGUUGCCAUUCAGGAAAGGGAGAGCGAACACCGCGGACGAAGCGGAAUUCGUGUCGGAUCCGAAUGAAAGGGGCGACUUUUUGGGCGGAUCCAUCUUCAGCCUUGAUACGAACCUAUCCAACAUGGAAGGUAUCUUGGCAAAACCGCCUCCUUUAACCCCACUGGAUAAUAAUAUAUUUGCUGGAAAUGUCGAGGAUGAGGCCAAACAUGAGGCCGAGGCUGGACCCGUCCUGGGAUGGGAUGCCCCUGACAGUUGGGCUGUUAAAAAGGUGCAAGACGAUAACAUGUCACGCUUGCCUGAGAUAGAUGAAGCUGGAGCUCAGCCCAAGGCAGAUGAUAAGGGCCCACCAUAUUGCAUUCGGAUAUUCCGGCUCGAUGGAACUUUUGCGACACUCUCCACACCUCUUAAUGCUACUGUCACGGAUAUUAUGACCCAAUUGGGCAAAAAGACCAACAUGAAACCAGAAGAUUUGGUAAACUAUCAGAUCGUGAUGAAAAAGCAUGAUCUCAAACGCAUACUAGGUGCGGGCGAACGACCCGUCGUAAUCCAGAAGCGACUGCUCGAGCAAGCUGGUUACGAGAAUCGGGAUAAGGUCGAGGAUGUCGGUAGAGAAGAUAAUAGCUACCUCUGCCGAUUCUCCUUCGUCCCUAUACGAGAAAGCGGCUACGCCACUGUCAGCAACGAUCCAGGCGUGAGCCGAGUGCAAAAAUACAGCCAUGUUGACUUGUCUGGACGGAAUCUCAUCACCAUCCCUAUCGCACUUUACUCGAAAGCCUCUGAAAUCAUCUCUCUGAACCUUUCACGGAACUUGUCGCUCGAUCUCCCGAAGGACUUUAUACAAUCAUGCCAGAAUCUCCGCGAAAUAAAGUUUGUUAACAAUGAAGCAUGGAAACUUCCGCCUAGUCUUAGUCGUGCUAGUCGGCUCACCAUCCUCGACGUAUCAAACAAUAGAUUAGAGCAGCUCGAGCAUGCUGAACUCUACCGACUAUCCGGCCUUAUUAGUCUUAAACUCGCAAACAAUCGCCUGAGGAGUCUCCCCACAUACUUCGGCGGUUUCAAGUCACUGAGGACUUUGAAUGUCUCGUCAAACUUCUUGGACUCUUUCCCUACAUUUCUUUGCGAACUAGAGGGGCUUGUUGACAUCGACAUGAGUUUCAACAGUAUCGCAAAUCUACCAAAUGAUAUUGGCAAAUUGAAGAAUCUUGAGCGUUUUGUUAUUACCAACAAUCGCCUCACGGGUCACGUUCCAGCUACCUUCGCCCAACUCGUAAAUCUCAAAGAGGUGGACAUUCGGUAUAACACGAUUACCAGCAUCGAUAUCAUUGCUGCGCUACCCAAGGUUGAGCAGAUCUCCGCAGAUCAUAAUUCUGUAUCGGAAUGUGAGACCGAGUUCAACAGAAUUAAAGUACUGCGUCUCAACUCGAAUCCGGUAACGAACUUCGAAAUCAAAAACCCCGUACCUACUCUCACCACUUUGAUUUUGUCCAAUGCAAAGUUAGCUCAUAUACCGGAUGCGGCAUUUGAUAAGAUGCCAAAUCUUGUGAAGCUUGUCUUGGACAAAAAUCAUUUUGUGUCGCUUCCUAGCCACAUAGGCAAGUUGCGGAACCUUGAACAUUUUAGCAUAGCCAUGAAUGCCUUGAGCACUCUGCCUCCGGAAAUUGGUUGCCUGACAGAACUCCGCUUUUUGGAUAUUAGACAAAACAACCUAAAGAAGCUUCCGAUGGAGAUAUGGUGGGCAAAUAAGCUCGAGACGCUCAAUGUUUCCUCCAAUGUUCUUGACAGCUUCCCGAAGCCUGCUUCAAAACCGCCUCAAAUCCCUGGCGAGGCCCCCCAACAACCAGUACAAAGCCAACUAAAUGGCACUCCAGGAAGCAGUUCAAGUGUUGAGGAACUUGGCCCAUUGGAGGCUUUCGGACAACGGCGACCCAGCCAAGCGUCAAGUGGGCUACUCAGCGUUGGUGGCUCCCCGAUUCCGGCAUUAGGGGAUCGCAAAGGUUCUGUCGUCUCUCUAUACGGAAAAGGGGGCCGUAAGACGUCGGUUGUGUCUAGGACUGCAUCGGAAUCAACUAUGGGGGGAACCAGUACUCCUCCAUCAACUGCGCGAAAAGAUUCUGCCAUGUCAACCAGACUCAUCAAUACUUUUGCCGGGUCACUACGCAACCUAUACCUGGCUGAAAACCAGCUCGAUGAUGACGUGUUCGACGAGAUUACACUGUUAAGUGAGCUUCGAGCCUUGAAUCUUUCGUAUAAUGACCUCAACGACAUGCCGCAAAGGUCCAUUAGAAGCUGGCCCCAGUUGGUAGAACUCUAUCUUUCCGGAAACGAGCUUACAUCUCUUCCUUCUGAUGACUUCGAAGAGUUUAGUCUCCUACAGGUUUUGCAUAUCAAUGGCAACAAAUUCCAGACCCUGCCUGCUGAGCUCGGCAAGGCACAUAGAUUGGCUGUUUUAGAUUGUGGCAACAAUUCUCUCAAGUACAACGUAUCAAAUUGGCCUUACGACUGGAAUUGGAAUUGGAACACCAACCUCAAAUACCUCAAUCUUUCUGGCAACAAGCGUCUUGAAAUCAAGCCCAGCAUACCUGGUGGCUCAGGUGCUCGCGACGGGCGAGACCUCACUGACUUCAGUGCGCUACAGCACCUACGAAUUCUUGGCCUGAUGGACGUGACGUUGACAAUUCCUACAAUCCCCGAUCAGACCGAAGAUCGAAGAGUACGUACUUCUGGCUCACUAGCUGGGCAGUUAGCAUAUGGUAUGGCAGAUACUUUGGGUAAAAAUGAUCAUCUCUCCCUUAUCGAUAUGGUUGUUCCGCGCUUCAACUCAACGGAAACCGAAACGCUGUUGGGCAUGUUUGACGGGCAGGCAUUGUCAAGUGGCGGAUCCAAAAUCGCCAAAUUCUUGCAUGAGAACUUUGGGCAUAUUUUCAGCGAGGAGCUACGAAGACUGAACGCUCCCCAUGAAACCCCAGCAGAUGCCUUGAGGCGAGCGUUUCUAGGUCUUAACAAAGAUUUGGCGACCGCCGCAACUCAGCACACCGAAGAGCGGUCAUUACUAUCACAUCGAGGAUCGGCCGCCCCAGCCGUGCUAAGCCAGGCGGACCUGCACUCUGGGGGAGUAGCCACUGUCAUGUUUCUCCAACAAUCGGAGCUUUAUGUCGCCAAUGUGGGAGAUGCGCAGGCCAUGUUGAUCCACUCCGAAGGUGGCCAUCGUAUACUGACAAGAAAGCACGACCCGGCGGAGCCGAACGAGCGACAACGCAUUCGGGAUGCUGGUGGAUGGGUCUCUCGACAGGGGAAGUUGAACGACAUAUUAGAUGUCUCACGUGCAUUUGGAUAUGUUCAACUAAUGCCCGCUGUUCAAGCAGCACCCCACGUUACCCAAUUCACCGUCAGAGAGCAGGAUGAAAUGAUUUUAAUUGCGUCAAGGGAACUGUGGGAAUAUAUCUCUCCAGAGCUUGUUGUGGAUAUCGCCCGUAAUGAACGCGGUGACCUUAUGCGUGCGGCUCAAAGACUCCGUGAUCUGGCAAUGGCAUUCGGAGCGACGAACAAACUUAUGGUCAUGAUGAUUGGCGUCAGUGACCUGAAGAAACGGGCACAGAUCCGACCCCACAGGGUCCAAAGCCUGUCAUUCAACCCCUCGGCCAUCAUAGAAGAAGGCUAUGCUCCCUCGAAACGGCCUAAGAAGAAGGGUGAGACGGUUGAAGAUUCCGUGCUCCGUAGACUCCCGCCUGAACUCCAGGCGCCCGUCGGCGAUAUUAGCAUUGUUUUUACUGACAUCAAGAGUUCAACUGUCCUCUGGGAGACACAUCCAAACGCAAUGCGCUCAGCAAUCAAGCAGCACAACGAAGUUAUGCGUCGUCAAUUACGUCUUAUAGGGGGGUACGAGGUCAAGACAGAAGGUGACGCUUUUAUGGUCUCGUUCCCAACUGCUACCUCCGCCCUUCUUUGGUGCUUUGCUGUACAGUCUGCGCUUCUCGAAGUUGAGUGGCCUUCCGAGAUCCUGUCCAGUCCCACAGGUCGGGAGGUUUAUGAUAACGAUAAUACUGUUAUAUUCAAGGGAUUGAGCGUUAGAAUGGGAGCUCAUUGGGGUAGCCCUGUGUGCGAAAACGAUCCUGUGACGAGACGUAUGGAUUACUUUGGCCCCAUGGUCAAUCGUGCCUCACGUAUCUCUACCGUGGCCGACGGAGGACAAAUAUGUGUCUCUGCAGACUUCAUUUCCGAAAUACAGCGUUGUCUCGAGACCUAUAACGAAAGCGAACGUUCUGGAUCUACCAGCUCUGAAGAGGGAUAUGAUAACGACAUACUCGCUCAAUCGAUCCGUCGUGAGCUACGCUCACUCAGCAGUCAGGGUUUUGAGGUCAAAGAUCUCGGGGAGCGCAAACUCAAAGGGUUGGAAAAUCCGGAGUACAUCUACAUGAUGUAUCCACAUGCGCUCUCUGGGCGUAUCCAUUACCAACAACGAGUUGCUGAAACUGAAAACGAAGCUGAGGCCGGACAACCUGCCUCUCUUUCUCAACAAAGCAAAUUGUCCAUCGAUACAGAUACUGUUUGGGCAAUCUGGGCUUUGAGCUUGAGGCUUGAGAUGUUGUGCUCGAGUCUCGAGCUGGAGAAAGGCACAGGAGCUGCUCUCCAACCACCGGAAACUAGCAUAAUGCAGAGGAUGAAAGAAAGGGGCGGGGAAGUUACGGAUCGAUUCCUAGUAAAUUUCCUGACCCAUCAAGUUUCGAGAAUUGAGACAUGCGUCUCGACUCUCGCUACACGCCACCUUGCGAUUGGUCAAUGUUCGCUAUCUAACCUUGAUCAGCUUCGAGCUCCAAUGGGUGAUAUUCUAGGAAGUUUAGUGGCACAGUUGAGGGAGCUUCAGGAAUAUAAAGCGCGUUUUGGGGAGUUGAAGGGCUGA